ACAGUAUCACUAAUCCAUAUUUUUUAUUUUCUUCCGUUUCUUUUCGUCGAACCUUCUCUAUCUCUUUCUCUCUUAUUCGCUCUAUUCCAUCGCAUAGCUCGUUCGAUCGUGCUUUCUCUUUCUCACAAUUUCCCUUUCAAUACUCAAUUUCAUCAUCGCUAAGGUAACCCCUUUCAAUUUCUCUAUCGUUUUUUCCCUUUCUCUCCUUUUCUUAAUUUCUAGGGUUUCGAUUCAAAUCCCUACUUAUUCUUCCUAUAAUUGAUUCACAUCAUUGUUUUGUAUUGUUCUUUGAGCUCUAAUUGUCAUCCAAUCUCAAUUUUGUUUUUCAAUUUUGAAAUUCGGGACAUUCGUUGUGUUUUGGGUUUAGGUUUAGGGUUCUGAUAAACAAAUACAAAAAAUAAGUUAGUUGUGAAAGAGGGAUUAGGGUUUUCCCUUAGAGUUUAUCAAUUUAGAUAGAUAGAUAGAUUUAUAUGGCUGCUGGUAGACAUGGCCGUUAUCAUGAAAACGAGUUUAAGGAUCAUGAAUCCAAUUUGGAAGUUAAUAGGCGUGGGUUUUCGAAUUCAAAAGAGUAUGAUCGGGUUAGGAAUGGUGGUCAUGAUGAUGUUAGGAGUGGGAGUAGAGAUUCCAGAGAUAAGAUUAGGAUGAAGCAGAAGGAUGGUAGGGAGAGAGAAGCUGUUGUUAAUGGAAAUUACGGGUCAGCUUCCAGCCGGAGUGGCUCCAGCAGCAGUGGCAGCCUUGGUCCUCGUCGGUGUGGUUUUUCUGCCAAGAUAAUUGAUAGAGAGCCUGGCGAGCUUUCCAGUGAGAGCGGGUCUGAUGGUGCUACUGAAUCUGAGGUUAGGGUGAAAGAUUGUGAUGUUGCUGUGUUUGAAGGAAAAAGGUCACGGUCACCUCCGCCCCAGGAGAGGAAAAGGAAAUUUUCACCCAUUGUGUGGGAUCAAGAUGACAAGGAAGUGAAGGGUUCUUCCAAAGUUAGGGUUUCCACUACAACGGUGACUGCUCUCCCUCCUCUGCCUCAGCUGUCAAAAUCGGCUGUUAUGUCUCCAAAUACUUCUUCUGUUGAAGUUCAAAUACGUUCUGUCAGGAACAGAGAAACUGGCGAUCUUGAUCUUGAGUUGCCUGCAGAAACUCAGGUUACUGUUCCUUCUCCUUCCAGAUUGCAGUCCUUGUCACCAAAAGAGAUUUUGGGUAAUGAUCAGGAAGCUGAGCUGCCUGAAGGUGAAGAUUAUGUUCCCACUCGUAAUAUAUCAUCUUCAAGAUGGGCAGCAGGAGACAACUCUCCUGUUGACGAGGGUGAAAUUCUCUAUGAUGAGGAAAUGCCUAAAAGGAAGAGGAGGUUAACUCCUGAGUUGUUGGAGACUAGAGUGAGAAAUAAGUUAUUGAGCCCCAAUGAUUCUAAAAUAGGUAGUUUUGAAGGAGCUAGGGCCAAAUCAUCUGAUUCGGAAGAAAGAAGUGUUAUCCAUGGGAGAACGUCUAGUGGCGAUGGACAUCCUAGUAUUGAAUCAGAAAAGGAUGACUAUAUGGACAUUGAUGUUCGAGGUACGAAAAGUGACACAAGUAUCAGUCACUCAGAGACAGAAUCUGAAGACGACGAUGAUAGGCAGGAGACUCCAGAACCUCCAGCUCAACCUCAAAGAACUGUCAACAUGCUUCAGGGUUGUAGAAGUGUUGAUGAGUUUGAGAGACUUAACAAGAUUGAUGAAGGAACAUACGGUGUUGUAUAUAGAGCUAAAGAUAAGAAGACUGGGGAAGUUGUAGCUUUAAAGAAGGUAAAGAUGGAGAAGGAAAAAGAAGGUUUCCCACUGACUUCUCUUAGGGAAAUAAAUGUUCUUCUCUCUUUUCACCAUCCAUACAUAGUUGAUGUCAAGGAAGUAGUUGUUGGAAGUAGCCUUGAUAGUAUUUUCAUGGUUAUGGAAUAUAUGGAGCACGAUCUCAAAGGAUUAAUGGAGUCAAUGAAGCAGCCGUUUAGCCAAAGUGAAGUGAAGUGCUUAAUGAUCCAACUUUUAGAAGGUGUGAAGUAUCUGCAUGACAACUGGGUACUUCAUAGGGAUUUGAAGACUUCAAACCUGCUUUUAAAUAACAGAGGUGAGCUAAAAAUUUGUGAUUUUGGGUUGGCUCGUCAAUAUGGGAGUCCUUUGAAACCAUAUACUCACCUGGUGGUUACUCUUUGGUACAGGGCACCCGAACUUCUUCUUGGGGCAAGACAGUACUCAACAGCUAUUGAUAUGUGGUCUCUUGGUUGUAUAAUGGCGGAACUAUUGUCCAAGGAACCAUUGUUCAAUGGAAAAACAGAAUUUGAUCAACUUGACAAGAUUUUCAGGAUACUUGGCACUCCAAAUGAAACAAUUUGGCCAGGCUUCUCAAAAUUGCCCGGAGUCAAGGUCAAUUUUGUCAAGCACCAGUAUAAUCUUCUGCGUAAAAAGUUUCCUGCCACAUCAUUCACUGGAUCUCCAGUUCUUUCUGAUUCUGGAUUUGAUUUGUUGAACAAGCUUCUAACUUAUGACCCUGAAAAGAGGAUCACAGCUGAUGCCGCUCUCAAUCAUGAAUGGUUUCGUGAAGUUCCUCUUCCCAAGAGCAAAGAAUUCAUGCCUACAUUUCCCGCUCAACAUGCUCAGGACAGGCGGCUGCGUAGAAUGUACAAGAGUCCAGAUCCUUUAGAGGAGCAGCGACGGAAAGAGUUGCAGCAGGGUGACUUGGGCACUGGCGGAGUUUUUGGUUAAGAUUAGAGGCUAUUUAAACCCAUGUCUCAACAGUCAUUCUAACAUGCCACACUGAAAGUUUGCAUUGAUGAGGUGAGAGCAUGCACUGAACGGAAGUUGCAAGCUUUGUUUGUUGACAAUCGCUCAUGCUGUUUUUUAGCAGGAAAUUGUUGGUUUGAACAGAGAUGUAAUGUAUUCUUAUACCUCCUGGAACCAAAAUUUUCAGGUUAACAUUCUUCAUGCUUGGUCAUUUUAUAGAAAUACAUCUGUGACAUUUUGCCCCUCAAAGUGUGGCAUAACCUUCUGAAAUUAGGAAGUCGGUGUCUGUUGAAUCUUGUGUAUGUAACAUAUUUUCAUUUCCAUUUCCAUUUCAUUGGCAUAUUGUAAACAAAUUUUAUCUGGUUUUAAGUAUUAAAGCAAUAUGGAUUUUCUAGCAGCUAUUUCUCUUUCUCCUUUUUUUAAUAUUCACAUUGUAUAUGCAAGAGGCAGUUGGUGUAAAGUGCAAGAGGGCCUUCUAUGCAAUUCAUUGGAGAAAAUGACCGAGGAUUUAUUAUGCGUGAAAGGUAAUGCAUUCCUAUGAUAUCUUGGAUAUUAAGGAAUGAGGAUAUCAAUAUGUUUCUGUGGGAUAGAAGAGAGACAUUGAUAUUUAUUGAUGAAUCUUUAUGAGAGGGUUAGAAUCCUGUGUAUUUUUUCAUCAUAAUUCAUAACUGCUACUCGCACACACUAUUGAUCUAUUUGGAUGUCAACAGUUUAUAUCAAGUAUUCAUGUCAACUUAGUUAUGUGGGACGCGUGAUUUGCAACGAGUUAUUACUUUUUGGUAACAUGACAAAUUUAUUUCAAAUUAAUAUCAUUGCAUUUUUGGAUUUUAAGUUACAACAGCUUCUCUUUUUUGUGUUGAAUAAUGACUACCUUUGUUAGAAAAUUCAAAAUUUUAUUUUCAAUUGAAUAUGAAGCAAUUUGUUCAUUAUAGUAGUUGAAGGUUCUUAUAUACAAGUGAAUUACCUAGAAAUUUUCUUAUGAUGUUAAAUUAUGCACAUGUUAGAAGAUUUCCCUGCUGUUUCUCUUUAAGUGUGCCGCUAGUCAAUGAUUGUGUGUAUGGAGUCUCCAAUCUGAAAAGUUUUUGACAAUGGUGUUUGAAAAUAUUUGUGUUUUCUUGAGAGACAGUUUUACGUUGCUUGAUAUAUUAAAACUACCAUUUUUAAUGCUGAUCAUGUUGAAGGAAAGUUGUCAAUGAACCAUUUUUUCUUACAUUCUAGUUUCUCACUAUUGCUUUAUGAACCAUUGCUAUAUGAAUAUUUUUUUUAACCUUCCACUGUGUUUCAUUUGCAUUCUUCCCGCUAGGAAAAAAAAUGUACAACUAAUUUUCAGCUUGUUAUCACCCUCUAGUGUGUUGUAGAACCUAAAAGUAAUAACAAGUUCUUUAAUGCUUAGUUAAAAGGAAGCAAAGAAGUUCUCGUAUAAUCAUGUGUAUUUGCCGUUUGAAGAUUGAAUUUUUUAGCAAGGAUAAGAAUUCUUUUAUGACAUUUGUCGGCAAAUAUCACUGCAGUUUUGAAGCAAGCAGGUUGAGGAGGAUAUCGGGAUAUCCUAAAGUAUAGGAGUUCAAUUAGUUGUCCUUCAGACUCUAUAGAGGUACAGUGCAAAACUUGGUUUGUAUUGUGUUUUGUACUACUUGAAUCUCCAUGGAAUACUAGAUCAGAAUUUUUUGCUUUUCUAUUUUGUUAUACAUGCUGUAUUUCUAUUUGGUUAUACAUGCUGUAUUAUCUCAUAGUAUAGACCUGCCCUUUUUUCUAGAAUGGGAUAUAUGUUGUUGUUGGGAAACUCAUCUUCCCUAAGAGUCACUUAUGUAGUUUCCCUUCAGCAAACUGAAUUCAUAUUGACUUAGGAUUUGUGUAUUGUACUCUGGUUCCUUCUUGAUAUUAUUACUGACUAGGUUUUUACAUUAGGCUAUAUAAUAUAUAGAUUUGUUGUGCAAAAUUAAAUCCAUGUUCACCCUGAACAAUUUCUAUCAUGCUUCUAAAAUGGCAUAAGGUUUCAUAGCUUGUGUGCUUGCUACAAGACACCCAAAUCAGGUAAAAUUUACUAGACGCCUGUUCCGACUUUCUAUGUUAAACCAGGUGUCUCCAAUUGUCUAAUGCUUAACAUUAUGUAGAUUGUGUCGUCUGAUGCUUAAGUAUGCCGUCUCACCCGGUCACAAACUAAAGGUUUUGAACGCUGUGUGUUUUUCUGUGAUGAAAACUUGCUCUUAUCAAUAUUUUUUAUUUAUCAUCUAUGAUUUUUUUUUUCUUGAUGCUUUAAUUUUCUGUUACUCCCAUUAAAGGAAUCUAAUAUUCAACAACUACAGCAGCCUUUUUUUUUUGGCAGUUUAGUAUUGAAUUGGGUGUUUUUCUCUCUAUAGGGGAAUUCAGCUUUAUACACACCCAAAAGUAAAUUUUUUGGUGUUUUCAGCUGUAGAAUUUUUGCCCAACCUUGACGUAAGUUGGGGACUGUUAUUUAAUCUAUAAGUUGGAUCCAGUUCCUCCGCUUGCAUGCUUGUGCCAAUUUUGGGUGUUUCUUUAUUGUUCACAUGAUCACUAUCAAAUCACUCAGCUGUAAGAUGGGGCCGCUAAGAGAACAUGGAUUUUAGCAGUGCGAGAUCAGAGAUUAUAUUUGACGCGUUCACAUUAUGCUCAACUAGUUAACGUGCAAUCUAUUUUACUUGCUACGAGCUUUGUGGCAAUGUGUUGCAUGGGAUCACUACAAUUUGGAAGGCUUAUUGGAAACAGACUUAAAUGAGAUUUGGCUAUUAUCUUGUCUAUAGGACUUGAAUAGUUGUGAUGUGGAGAAAAAAAAAGCUGUUUUAAGUUUUGCUUGAUCUUGCUUUAUGGUGCUUCUCACGACUGAUUUUAAGCAUUAGGGGGGUAUGCACCUAUAGAGUUGUAAGACACUCCUUAACCCCAAAUGUUAGAUAGCGAACUGCGAGAGCAUGGUCAAGCCUUAUAGGUGUAUUUUUUUGAAGCAAAAAAAUAUGAGUUAAAGGAACACAUUAAAGACAAUGAAACAUACCACUGAAUUAGGACUUAAAAUGUCAAGCCUACUAUAAAUGUUAAGUUUAGGCGGGUGGUGGUUGUGUCUGCUGUCUUCAGUACUAUAUUUGGUGGGUUAGACUGGUAAUGUGUGGUUGAGUUUUUGAUAAAGUACACCCCCAUUUUCGGUUUGUUAGGACCUGUGGACAUCUCCGUAAGGCACUUCUUAACCCCAAUUUUUUAAGUCCUUGUUUGGUUCCAUGAUGGAAAUUCUCAAACUCGAGUUUUCUAAAGUCAAAAAUGGUUUGUGUAAAUGUCAAAUUGGUUGUUAGAAUCAAUUUUAAUUUUUUGCAAUUUCUUA